CUCGCGGCGGUUGUCAUUCCACAUCUCAUCUGCCGGUGUAAUAAACUACGACAACACGACUGACCCAAUCACCCAAUCCUCACAAUCCAAUGCUAUAUCUACUCAAACACUGUGUGCGCCUCCAGUCUCAUCAUUAGUGCACAGAAUAUAGUGUCUAAUAUAGCAGUGAAAGCCUGUUAUUCCGCACAACCUGUUGUCUAUCGCACAGAAUAUUCUUUAGUAUUCUGUGAGUGCAUAGCGAGAGUGGUAUCGACGACAGCACUGAUUAUCUAACUGUUGAUUCUGUGCUUUAAGUGCUUUUUGAAAGCAGAGUUUGAAGUAGUUUUGCGAUUGAAUGACUGAUUGAUCGGUGGAUUUGGUGGACCAAUGUCUUCGUCGGGCACCACCGAUAGGCCUCGAGUGCGGUCGUCGACGUUCGGGUCGCUGCAGACGCUGACCCGUGCGCUCCGGGAGUCCCUCCGUCUCCGGAAACUUCGCAAACAGAAACGACUCCGAAAUGAGGCCAACAGUGAACAGAUGAGGAGACGGAGUAAAUCCGUUGGCAAUGCUUUCGUCGACGACGAGAUCAGUGAUAUAGGGAUCAGUGUAGUGAUGGCGUCGGACAUCGGGCCCGUCAUAAACCCGAGCAAAAUACGAGACAAAACAAAGCAAAGACUACCCCAACGACGGCAGUCCAAGAGUGUCGAUGACGUCGAGUUGGCACAAAUCAAACGGUCCAUUGAGGCCGAGAGGGAAAAGAUGGCCAAACUGUCGCCCAAUACGGGCGCCGCCAAUAACAACAUCGGACAGCAUAUUAGGCGACGCUCUAAAGACGACCACGACCUCCCAAAAGCACCCAAAGCCAAGGAAAGCCAUUAUUACGUAUCGGAGCAAAAGGGUUUCCGCAAACGGUUUGGCAAACUCUUUGGAUCCCUUCGCUCCAGAAGUCAAGCACACACUCAGUUACAGCCGGAGACACCCUCUCCCUCCUCGGCCUCGUCUGUCGAGGGCGACGAAAGCCAAACCAAACCUAACGCUGAGUCCAAACCAGUCGAUGAGAAACCAAAUGAUACCUCGAAGACCAAUAAUAUUGAGUUAAAUACUGUUAAUAAGGAUAAGGAUAGCAAUGAAGAGGCGGUCUCAAGCAAGACAAAUGAUAACUCAAAUGUUUAG